GAUUGAGUGAUGGGAGGAAGAUUUGGAGGAGAAUAGCGGUUGGAGGAAGAAGAGAGGUGGGGGCUGAGUGACUGCCGCCCAGAGGGGUGGAGCCUGGAACAGCAAGGAGGAUCUUUCUACUGACCUUGGAAAACCAGACAGAGAGAGAGAGCAGCGAGAGAGAGCAGCAGCAGAGGCAUCGGCGUACUGACAGUGUUCCAGCACUGCAGAUCUCCCUGUCUGCUGCUAGCCCUCUGCAGGCUAAACACAGAAGGACAGGAGAGCAGGACCAGCUUUUCCAGCAGUCUUCCCUUCACACAGACACAGAGGGGAGAAGAUACCCGGCAUUUCAUCGGACUCAGCGCAGAAUCCCGCCUUGAUGAGGAUUCUGAAGGCAGGGAGCUAGAGACUUCCCCCCCCUCACCAAAGAGGGAGACCCAAGGCUGGGGGGCCUGACGGCUGGUGCCAGACCCGGUGACCCCUGCCCUGACAUAGGGUGAGGGAGAGGGGUGUCAGCCGCAGCGCCUGGGUGGACCAUGGGGGACGGGGUUGUCAACGGGGGAGGGAUAGGCGGAGACGGGGUGAACCCCUCUCACGUCCUGUUUGACCGCUUCGUCCAAGCGUCGACUUGUAAGGGCACUUUGAAGGCCUUCCAGGAGCUCUGCGACCACCUGGAUCUCAAACCCUGCGAGUACCGUGUCUUCUACCACAAGCUGAAAUCCAAGCUCAACUACUGGAAAGCCAAGGCCCUGUGGGCCAAGCUGGACAAGAGGGCCAAUCAAAAGGAAUACAAGAAAGGCAGAGCAUGUGCCAACUCAAAGUGUCUGAUCAUUGGUGCUGGGCCCUGCGGUCUGCGGACAGCCAUCGAGCUGGGUUUCCUCGGGGCCAAGGUGGUGCUGCUGGAGAAGAGAGACGCUUUCUCCAGGAACAAUGUGCUCCACCUCUGGCCCUUCACCAUCCAGGACCUCCGUGGUCUCGGAGCCAAGAAGUUCCACGGCAAGUUCUGUGCCGGGGCCAUCGACCAUAUCAGUAUCCGGCAGCUGCAGCUGAUGCUGUUGAAGGUGGCUCUGCUGCUUGGCAUAGAAAUCCACGUCAACGUCGAGUUCAAUGGUCUGAUCGAGCCGCCCGAAGACCAGGAGAACGAGAGGAUAGGCUGGAGGGCAGAGGUCUGCCCCAGGACACACCCUGUCAAUGAGUUGGAGUUUGAUGUGAUCAUCGGGGCAGACGGCAGGAGAAACACUCUAGCAGGGUUCCGCAGGAAAGAGUUCCGGGGGAAACUAGCCAUCGCCAUAACGGCCAACUUCAUCAACAGGAACACCACGGCUGAGGCCAGUGUGGAGGAGAUCAGUGGAGUGGCGUUUAUCUUCAAUCAGAAGUUCUUCCAGGACCUCAGAGAGGCCACUGGAAUUGACCUGGAGAACAUAGUGUACUACAAGGAUGACACGCACUACUUUGUGAUGACAGCCAAAAAACAGAGCCUGCUGGAGAAAGGAGUAAUUCUGCAUGACUACGCUGACACUGAGAUGCUGCUGUCCCGGGCCAACGUGGACCAGACCGCCCUGCUCUCCUACGCCCGAGAGGCCGCCGACUUCUCCACCAAUCAGCAGCUGCCCACGCUGGACUUCGCCAUCAACCACUACGGCCAGCCCGACGUGGCCAUGUUCGACUUCACGUGCAUGUACGCCUCGGAGAACGCCGCGCUGGUGCGCCAGAGACACGGCCACCAGCUGCUGGUGGCGCUGGUGGGAGACAGCCUGCUGGAGCCCUUCUGGCCGAUGGGCACUGGGAUUGCCAGAGGUUUCCUGGCAGCGAUGGACUCGGCCUGGAUGGUACGCAGCUGGGCACAGGGGAACACAACUCUGGAGGUGCUGGCUGAGAGGGAGAGCAUCUACCGCCUGCUUCCUCAGACCACGCCAGAGAACGUCAGUAAGAACUUCAGUCACUACAGCGUGAACCCCACCACUCGCUACCCUAACAUCUGCCUCAACUUUCUCAGGCCCAACCAGGUACGACACCUGGUUGACACCGGGGAGCAGAGGGACAUGCGUAUUGAGAUGGAGAAUGUCGUUAACUCAUCCACGCCCAAACUAACCCGGAACGACCAUUGCCUGCUUGACAAGCAGUUGCAAGAGUCCGUCGCUCGCUCCAGCAAGCUGCUCAACUGGUGCCAGAGGCAGACGGACGGCUACAGGAGCGUCAGUGUGACGGACCUGACCAUGUCCUGGAAGAGCGGCCUGGCCCUGUGUGCUCUCAUCCACCGCUACAGACCCGACCUCAUUGAUUUUGACUCACUGGCGGAGCGAGACCAGGAGAGGAACAACCAGCUUGGCUUCGAUGUGGCCGAGCGAGAGUUCGGCAUCUCACCCUGCAUGACGGGCAAGGAGAUGUCCUCGGUGGUGGAGCCAGAUAAGCUGUCCAUGGUCAUGUACCUGAGCCAGUUCUAUGAGAUGUUCAAGGACACAGUGCCCCCUGGAGAAAACCAGAACCUUAGUCCGGAAGAGAAGGCUGCUCUGAUCUCCAGCACCAAGUCUCCUAUUUCCUUCCUCAGCAAGCUGGGCCAGAGCAUUGCCAUCUCGCGCAAACGCAACCCCAAGGACAAGAAGGAGAAGGAAGUGGAUGUUUUGGGCAAGAGGAGGAAGACAAGCCAAGCUGGACACUCUGAAGACGAUGAAGUGUCGAGGGCCAGUCGAGAUGAGAGGCCGUCAGUCUCCAACGCCUUGACGGAAAGGAAGGUAGAAUCUACUGCCGGGGGCAACCAUAACAAGGUCAAGUCCAUGGCAACUCAGCUGCUGGCCAAGUUUGAGGAGAAUGCCCCGGCCCAGUCUUCAGGCCUCAAGAGACAGGGAGACUCUCUGCCAAAUCUGAACCUUUUGCUGCCCCCAGCCCCUUCACCUGCCCCCUUGAAAGAGCCAGUGCGCUUGGCCCCCGUUCCAGCGUGGAGAAAGAAACGCACACAGCAACAGGAGCAGCUGAGCUUCCGCUAUAAGCAGAGGGUCAAGUGUCAGACCCUGCCCAGUCGAGGGGAACAGGCAAACAGCAACACAGACUCCACCACGGGCUCUCGGAGCUGCCCUAAGAAAACCAUCCUCCUCUCCUCCUCUUCCUCCGCCUCCUCGCUCUCGCUUCACGCACAGCAGAGUGAUAGACUAGUCGAGGAGGAGGACAGUGUCCAAGACCGGAUGACUCUGACACACAGGGACUGGGAGCCGCUGCACCUGGAGGAUCCAGGGCCCAUCCACAUCCCUAGCAUACAGGAGAGGGCUGCGUGCCUGAUCUCUAAGUUUAGAGGCAGGCCUGAGAAGCCCAUGCCUAAGAAAAAGCCGUCUCGCUUCUUCAUAGAACAGUGGCAGCUGAGCCAGAGUCCAGAACCAUCUCUCCCUUCCCCAGAGGCCCUCAAACAGGACCCAGAGCCGUUGCGCUCUGAUGAUCAGGUGCCCAUACAUGUGCCUAGCAUUCAGGAGAGGGCUGAGCAGCUAGCCUCACAGUUUAAAGGCAAGCCAGCUAAACCAAAGCCCUCCAAAAAGCCAUCCCCUUUCUUCAUACAGCAGUGGCAGCUGUCCAGAAGCCUGAACUCCAGCCCUGAAUCCCCACUCCCCUCACCAGAGAGACAGAGAUAUAUAAAGAUGUACACAGGGGGUGUGAGCUCAUUGGCUGAGCAGAUAGCCAAUCAGCUCCAGACCCAGGAGGAGCCCAAGCCCCUUCUUGGCAAGAGGGAACUAGUGGAACUGGGCUCGCUGAGGAAGGAGUUCCCCGUGAACAUCGGGGGCAGCGACGUGUGUUUCUUCUGCCGCAAGCGCGUGUACGUGAUGGAGAGGCUCAGUGCUGAGGGCAAGUUCUUCCAUCGCAGCUGCUUCAAGUGCGACUACUGCGGCACCACGCUGCGACUCUCCUCGUACGCCUUCGACGUGGAGGACGGGAAGUUCUACUGCAAACCCCACUACUGUUACCGUCUGUCGGGACAGGCUCAGAGGAAGAGACCCGCCCCCACCCCGACAACUCUCAACGAUAAGGACAACCAGGUGUCCCAGCCUUCUCCCGUCACCGUGGACGCCCCGGGGCGUGCGCUGGCAGCCGCCACGACUCCCACCGAGCGCCGGCCCUCAGGAGCAGAGGUGAACGGGCUGCAGGAGCCCAGCCUGGCCAAGCGUCUGCGCGGCACGCCGGAGCGCAUCGAGCUGGAGAACUACCGCACGUCCCAGCAGAGGGAGGAGGAGCUGGAGGAGGUGCCCGAGGAGACGCUGGCCGAGCACAACCUGAGCAGCGUCCUGGACAAGGCCACGGACGCCGACCUGCUGGGCUCCAGCAGUAGCUCCGAGUCUGACAUGGAGGAUGAGGAUGAGGACCAGGACGAGCCGGGGGAGGAGGAGCCCAGCCCCUCUGAUCUGGGGGGCGUGCCCUGGAAGGAGGCAGUGGAGCUCCAUGCCCAGCUGCGGACAGACAGCGACCCAGAAGCCGGGAGCCACGAGCGGGCGCUCGCUGGCACUGCCAGGGAGGAGGAGGAGCAGGAGGAGGAGGAGGAAUAUGAAGAGGAGGAGGAGGAUGAGGAAGAGGAGGAAGAGGAGGAAGACUCAAGCGAUGAGGGUGAGUAUUGCCCCUGGGAGCACGAGCUUCAGUCAGGUCUGUGGUUGGAGAAGCACCUCGUCGAUGAAGAGGACACGGGUACUUUUAAAGCCAGGAACCUGCAGCUCCAGCAGAUCCUGCAGCCUGUGGACCCUCUGGGGCUCCAGGCAGACCUGAGUCCCACUCCCCUACAGCCUGAAGGGAACACAGAGGGUCAUCCCCCAGCCUCAGCCUCGCAGCCCUCUGGGCUCACCCGCCACUCCUCCACAGCCCCCGCCCGCUCCUCAGCCCGACACGAGGCAGUCAGAGUCUGGUUGGAGUCCAUGUCUGGAGAGCCAUGCAAUGACGAUGACCCAGAUGCUGAAGCAGACAGCCCUGACCUGGAGCCCGGCACAGAGAUGGACCAGGAGGAAAUUCCAUCAGACGCGGAGGCCGAGGCUCGUCUGCACAAAUCAGAGAACUCGGAAGCACUUACUGAAGAGGACAGGAAGUCAGAGGGCCGUGGGAUCCCCUCCAGCAUCGAACAAUCCACGGUCAGUCCAGUGAAGGAGGUUGGGGACGUGGUGCUGACGCCAGUCAGAGCUCUCUCAGAGCUGGAUAAACAGAAGUCUCCAACCGCUCAGCCGUCACCGGUCAAAUCCCCUGGCCCUCGCUUCUUCCCAGAGCCCAAUGGGCCCGAAGAGGUCCAGUCUGAGAGGACGGCACAGGCGGCCAGUCCCAGGAGUCCCCUGGCUCCCGCCCCAUCCGCCAGCCCCAACCUAGUGACCUCCCCCUCCCCUGCUCCCGCUGUCUCCCCCCUCAGAUCCCCUGUCCGCUCCCCCAUACGCUCCCAGCCCCUCCCCCUGCCGGAGACGGUCCCCGUCAAAUCUCCCGUCCUUCCCUCACGCUCCUCCUGUCCCCUCACGGGUAACCCCCUGUCCCCCAUCUGUGCCCAGCCCCUCUCCUGCCCGGAGCCCUGCUCCCCCCUCGCUUCCAACUCCCCCGUACGCACGCAGCCUGUCCCGGCGGUAACUUCCACCCCUUAUACCAAGCCCCCCUCUGACUGGUCCGCCCCAGAGCCCCAGAAGUCCCUGGACUCCUCAGACGAGACUCCGUCCAAGAAGGCAGACAUCAUUGAGGAGUUCUGGCUAAAGAGCGCGGAGAUUCGGAAGAGCCUGGGCCUGACCCCUUUGGACCGGAGCAGGGCUUCGGAGAGAACCAGCCCAAAGCUCUCCACCCCUGACUCCUCACCCAAGUCCCAGUCCCCCGACCUGUCGGAGGACCUGAAGCCCACCUUCACCACCGGCCGCUCGGUCAUCCGCAGGCUCAACAUCACCCUGGAGGGCCAGGUCAUCUCCCCCGUGGAGCCCCGGGCCGACAGCUCGGAGCGCAGGGACCUCAGCAGCAGUUCGGGCCUCGGCCUCAACGGCAGCUCGUCCCGCACGGCCACCAGCGACAACUACAACACCUCCGACUCCACCAUGCUCACCCCGCCCUCCAGCCCUCCCCCGCCCCCGCCUAACGAGUCCCCCGCCGUGGUCCGGCAGCAGAAGCACCAGGUGUCCUGGAGCAACGGCACCCAUCCUUCUCCCCUUCCCGUCGCCAAGCCCGAGGCCGCCGCGAGGGAGCCGGCCUCGGCCAAGACCAACAACCCCGUGCCUGCACCUAGGACCCAGCUCAGCCCCGUGGCGGCGCCCACCCCUGCUCCCAGGAAGGCGGGGGGGGGUCCGGCCCCAGCCACCCCCCCGGCUCCAGUGGUGAUGAGGCGGGAGCGGAGCAAGCCGCGGAGGGAGGAGGUCCGGAAGUCGUUUGUGGAGUGUGUGGCGGAGAUCCCGUUCGCCGACGACGUGGACGACACGUACGACGAGAGGACGCCCGACACGACCGCGCAGGAUCGCUUCUACACCCCGCCCACCAGCCGGCCCGGCAGAGACAAGCCUCCGCUCCACCUAGCCCUGGCCAUGGAGAACGGCAAGCCCAACAUCCCUGUCGCCGGGCUCCCCGGCCAGGCCUCCAAAGGCCAGAAGGCCACCCAGUUCUCCCCGGAAGCCAAGGAGAUCGCAGAGGAGAGGAUGAGGGCCAGGGAGAAGUCGGUGAAGAGCCAGGUGCUGAAGGAUGCGAUGGCCAAGCAGCUCGACAGGAUGAAGGAGUCCGAGGCGGCCAAGGGUGCUGCCGCCAAAGUGGCGUGGAGCGUGUCGCCUUCCGAGAGCGCCGGGAAGGGUAGGAAGUUGUCGAGCUCUCCCAAGACGUCGGCGGUGAAGGCCCUGGAGUCGAAGAAAGCCGAGACUCUCCCCGAGCGCUUCUUCAGCAGCAACAAGAGUCUGGACAGCUCCCUGGCCUCUUCGGACUGUUCCUCUGGAGGCAAGAGCAAGAAGCGCAGCUCGCUCUUCUCCCCGAGGAAGAACAAGAAGGAGAAGAAAUCCAAGAGUGAGAGCAGGGGCUCGGACAAGCACGGGACAGACGACAGUCCGCCCAAACACAAGUCUCUGUGGAAGGCCGUCUUCUCCGGGUACAAGAAGGACAAGAAGAAGAAGGAGGACAAGUCCUGCCCUAGCACGCCUUCCAGCUCCACCACACAGGAUUCUGGGAAAAAAAGAACGCCACCUAUUGGGAAGUCUUCAGAUCUGCGUUGCCGUAGGAACCUGAGUUUCUCUGAGGACUCCGACCUGUCCUGCGACGAUGUGUUGGAGAGGUCCUCUCAGAAGUCCAAGAUGGAGCAUCGGCAUACCGAUAUCUUUGACCUAGUGUCAGGCAUCCAGAAGGAUGCCAUAAAGGAGGAGAGAAUGAAGGAAAAAGAGAAGGAAAGGGAGAGGGAUCGGGGAAGAGAGAGAGUCAGAGAGAAAGACGAGGAGGAGUCUGUCUAUGUCCCUCACGCACUGGCGUUCAAGAGAUCGUACGCCACGAAGAAGACGUACACAGAGGAGGAGCUGAACGCCAAGCUGACACGCAGGGUCCAGAAAGCCGCCCGCAGGCAGGCCAAACAGGAGGAGCUUAAGAGGCUCCACAGAGCACAGAUCAUCCAGAGGCAGCUGGAGCAGGUGGAGGAGAAACAGAGGCAGCUGGAGGAGAGGGGCGUGGCCGUGGAGAAGGCCCUGCGAGGGGAAGCAGGCUUGUAUAGAGGUACUUAUACUUUACCAAAACGACACAAACGAAGAUCAGACUAUUGGGGAGAGUCUAAUUACAGUGAAUUCCUCGACUUGCAUCUGGGCGUUGAGUCCCAUGUGGGGAGUCCUCGCCGAAGACCUCUGUCCCUCUGCCCCUGCAUCUCUCCCGAAGGGAUGGGGAAGAAGGACGACCCCAAGCUGAUGCAGGAGUGGUUCAAACUGGUCCAGGAGAAGAACGCUCUAGUGCGCUAUGAGUCAGAGCUUAUGAUAUUUGCUCGGGAGCUGGAACUUGAAGACCGUCAGAGCAGACUACAGCAGGACCUGAGGGAGCGCAUGGCAGUGGAAGACCACUUGAAGUCAGAAGUGGAGCUGGCCGAGGAGAAGCGUAUCCUGGGGGAGAUGCUGGAGGUGGUGGAGCAGAGGGACUCCCUGGUGGCGCUGCUGGAGGAGCAGAGGCUCCGGGAGAAGGAGGAGGACAGGGACCUGGAGUCCGUCAUGCUCUCCAAGGGCUUCAACCUCAACUGGGCCUGAGGGGAGGGGGGGGGGGAGCACUUAAUGACUGUGUGUGACGUUCUCAAACCAUCCUGGCUGUUACUGGAGUCGUCUGGCGAGGGUUUACGUGAGGUUCCUCGUCCCUGGCGGAUCCUGUCGCCGCGUCCGUGCGCUCACCUCAUUGUCUCCGUGUGAUCGGGAGAGACAGAAACCCCCCCGGACAGGAACUUCCUCUCCACCGUUACCUGGAGGGCUUCCGGAGAAUGUCUUUUGUAUUUGUUAUUUGGAUCCUGAUAAUGCAGAGAAGAAAAAGGAAGAGAAGGUUUAGGCCCUGCUGAUGUACAGAAUUGUAUCUGAUGUGUACCGAUGUUUCUGUGUGUACACGUGUGGAGCACAGCACAGCAGACGGAUCCUUGCUUGGGUGAGGCUGUUCUGACUGCUACUGAGAACUGCCCUUGAGGGUAGGGGGGGUUGGGGGGGGGGGGGUUCUUCAGUGUCUCACCUCACUGCCUCUGCUGCCUUGGCGACUGUAUAUGGUGAGAGAGACACCGUCUGCUUUACCUGUCUUUCUUUUCAAUCACAGACUGGCUUCCGUGUUUAAAGUAGCCAAUGAUGAAGGGACUCUGAAAACCAGUUGGAACCAGUUUGUAACCAGUUGGAAAAUCACCCAGAAAACCACUGCAUGUCAAAACUCUAGACUGCAGAUUCGUUACUCAAGGAGAUUUUCAAAUUGUUACACUGUCUCUGACUGUUGACAGGCUCGCUUGUAGUCUAGAAUCUACAUGUACAAAUGGACUCUUCUGACACCCUCUGAUGGUUUACUGUGUGGCUUCUUCUUCGGAUGUCACUCACUUUAAUAUCCUUGUUUACUAAGUUUACAAUCAGUUUUCCUUUUUCACAACACCUUACGUUUGCAGGGUCAACAUCUACACCUUAGCUCUAGUUUAUCAGAAUAGUGGAAUGUGAGAGCACUGUUAAAAUGUUUUCAAAGUUCCGAGAAGGUAAUGUUUUUGGUGAAUUUGAGUUUUGGUGUCCCACUGUGUAAUGGUGUUAAUAUUGUGAUAGUGUCAUUCAAACACUGAAGUCUCAUUUAAAGAUGAGAAGUCAGUAAACCAUGCAUCACUCGGGGUGCUGCCAGAUUGUAGAGUCUGGAUAUGCUGCAAUAUCAAAGGGAUAAACCUGAACCACUCACAUUCUCUGCAGGUCUGCAGUACAUACAGCAUGCGAUCCUGCUGUGGAACAAGAUGCCUUUAUUUUCUUUCUCAGUUACAGUUUCUAAUACUAAUCUUCUGAGUUUAUCACGGUCCUUCAAGGAAUCCAGAUUUCUACAGUUAAUAUUCCCCACUGGAAGUACAAUUUAGAUUUUUUUAAAUCAUUUUUACUACAGGUCUUCUGACUGCAGUCUGUAGAUGUGUAGAGGCGAGGGCGCUCUACUUCUUGCACCCUGUCAGAAGAGCAUGUCUAUCUGUUUGGUAUUUACUCUGCUAGCCUUCCUGCCAAACACAAAAAUCUGUGGUUGGUUUCUAAUUGUUUCACAGUAGAGAAACAUAGAGAGAAAUAGUGUUUGAGCUGUGAAUAGGCUCCAACACAGUACAGUUUUAAGGAUUGUUGUUUUAGAUUGUGUGUGAUAAGUUUGACAGAUUUUUAUUGAUAUUUAUUAACAUUGUGUGCAAAAAUGUAUCAUAUGUAAAGAAAAUGAAUCCUAAUUUUUAAAACUUAUGUUGACACAUGAUCUGUAUGCUUCAUGUAGCUGAAGUACAUAGUGUUGGAUGUAUGCAGAAAAGGCAAUAAAACAAUGCAGUCGUUCUUAAA